UUAAGUAAACAUCUCUCUCUUCUCUCUCUAUAGCUAUCAAUCUCUCUCUUUGUUUUUCACUUGAAAUCUAGUUUCUUUUCUAGAGAUUGAUUGAGAUAUAUCAAAUUCACUUGAUUCAGCCGAAGAAAACGAAGAAAAAGAAGGCGAUUUGGCUGAUUGGGAGUGAUAAACACACCAGGAGAGAAGAAUACGCCGCCUUAAAAGGGGGAGGGAUUGCUAUUAAAGGGUUUUCAGGGUUUUCCUUCUCGAUUCGCUAUCCUUGUUUGUUUCUUAUUCGCCGUCGCCGACAUCAUCGGAGCAGAGAUGGGAGAAGAGGCCGGAGACAGAACGCCCAUUGACUGUCCGCAAACGGUAACGAUUCGUCGAAACCCUCACCGGAGAGCAAGACCGACUGCUUCUUCUGUCAAAGCAUUUCCAACUCAAGAGAUAUUAGCGAUGGAUGAUCAGGAUGAAGAUAUUCCCAAACUACUCAAUAAACCGGAACCUUCAUUGGAUCGUCUCGAGAUUUUCUUACGUCUCCGUCCUCUUACCGUGCAAAACCGUGGAGCUAAAUCAAUCAAAUCUCGAACUGUUUUGCCUAAUAAAAUCUCGAGGAACUUGAAAACAGACUGUGUUAGUUGCGUUACAGUAACUAAUUCAACUUCUGUCACAGUUUCUCCUCCGUCUUCUUUAAAAGUUGGGAAAAGAGCACAAUCUGAGGUGUUUGAAGGUUUCUCUCAGGUCUUUGGUGCCGAUUCGUCCCAGGAAGACGUGUAUUUAAGAAUGAUGAGCCCUUUGGUCAAUGAUUUUCUCCAUGGUAAGAGUGGGAUGCUUGCCACUCUUGGAGCUACUGGCUCCGGGAAAACACACACAGUUUUCGGAUCCAUUAGAAAUCCUGGAAUAGUGCCUCAGGCUCUACAACAAAUAUUCUCAUUCGAGGAGGCUAAAAAUAGGAUAUUUCAUAUAUCAAUGUUUGAAAUUUAUUCGGAGAAAGGGAAGGGAGAGAAGAUGUUUGAUUUAUCCCAAGAUGGAGGUGAUUUGUGGAUGCAACAGUCUGUUGUCAAAGGUCUAAAAGAGGCUGUCAUUUGCAAUGCUAAAGAAGCUGAAGCAAUAAUAGAAUGUGGAUUGUUGAAACGGGCUACUGCUUCAACAAAUUCAAAUCAUCAAUCUAGCCGUUCACAGUGCAUCAUUAGUAUCCGGUGUGUCACAGAAAAGGCAGGUGGUCAAGUAAACUCUGCCACGUUGACAUUUGUGGACCUUGCUGGUGCGGAACGAGAGAAAAGAACAGGAAAUCAGGGAGAGAGACUGUUAGAGAGUAAUUUCAUCAACAAUACCUCUAUGGUGUUUGGUCUCUGCUUACGGUCACUGUUGGAACAUCAGAAUAAUCCCAAGAAACCAUUACAGAAACAUUACCAGAAUUCAUUGCUGACUCGUUAUUUGCGUGAUUACUUGGAAGGGAAAAAGCGGAUGGCUUUGAUACUAACGAUAAAAUCUGGAGAUGAUGAUUACCUUGACUCGACUCAUUUACUAAGACAAGCUUCACCAUUUAUGAAAAUCAAGUUUCAUAAUGUUGAGGAAGCUGACAUUUUACUACCUACAAAAAGGCAAUUGCAAACAUUGCCAAAAUCAGUGAAAUCUAAAAGAAGGAAGCUUGUUGCUGACCCGAAACCUAUUUUGGUUGAAGGUAAGGCUGCUAUGGAUGAAUGCCAACAUAUGGAGGAAGAUUUUCCAAGUUGUACUAAUAACAUUGAGGAUAUCCAGCAACCAGUGAAGGAAAUAAGCAAUUCAAAUGAAUCUUCACCCGAUGUGCCUGUAGAGGUUGAGCAAAUAAAUCUUGAACCCAUCUGUGAAAACAACAUUCUGAUGGCAAAAAAAGAAAGAGAAAAUAAGAUUAUGGAAGGCGUUGCUAAAGCAUUAUUGAAUGUCUUAAAGGAAUACAGGGAUAAACUUAAGGCUGCUGAAAAUGAAAUAGUCAAUCUACAAGGAAACCUCUCAAUGGAAAAGACCAGAAGUUCUGGAUUAGAGCUUGAACUAGAGAAUCUAAAGUCCUCCUGUUUGUGUAGUAAAGAAAUAACAUCUACAGAAAGUGAGAAAUGUCUUUCUGUUGAUAUGAAUCAGUGUGUUAGCCCAGAACGUGGAAUUUCUCCUAAACCUGACAACAAUUCCGGGGAUGAUAAAGUCAUGGAAGAUAAAGAGAUCGAGAAUACUCUUUCCGUUCCUUCUGUGAUAGAUUCAGAGGCAUAUGCAGAAGCAGUGGGUUUAGAAUCUGUAAGUUUGCCACUUGAAACAUCAGACUCUGGAUGUCCCACAUUUGCUACAGAAAUUAAGCUGCAUGAUGAUGGAAAUGAAAAGGAGUCAAAGCCAGCAGUUAAAUCAAAUGAAAAACCGAUUACUCAGUCGGGAAAGAAAUCCCAUGGCAAAAAAUCCGUUAAGUGUGAAAAACCAAGAAGGAGGCUAGCACCUGCUUCAUCCAAUUUAUUAAGAGAGAUCAACAAUUUGAAGUUUGAAGAUGAGAACGAGAAGCCAAAGGGAGGAAACAAGGGAGAAAAGAAGACGAUAAUAGGUGCUGAGAGAAACAUGCAAAAAGGUGGUAGCAUGGCUCUUCUGCAAUUGAUCAGGACCACCAAUCAAUCUUGAUCAUUUGUUAUUGCAGCAAAAGGUAGUUUUGUGGAACCCAAUUGAUUUCAGAUACAAAAAAAAAAAUUCAAUCCAGAGUAUAUCUUUUGUUCUCUGUAGUUAGUUUUGGGAAGAUGGAUAAGAAAUCAAAUCCUUUUGGUUUCAGAAACAUUUGUUGUCGGCACGCCUUAAGUUGAAGUGGGUCGGUUUUAGAAACAUUUGUUGUUGUGACGACGCCUUAAGUUGAAGUGGGUUAUGACCAUGAGAUUAAAAAACAAUUAUAAUUGAAACUAACAAUGUCAUCCCAAAUGCAAUGGGACAUGUCGACCCAUAAAUCAAUGAAAAAUGCU